CAGACAAGGAGGACUACCUAGACUAGAGUUCCUGCAGCAGACCAAUUCUUAUUCCUUCUUUUGCUCUUCAGAUCCAAGUUUCCUUUUACCUUGUGCAAUCCAAUUGUCACCACUAUUCCUGUCCAAAAUGUUGUCUAAAAUGUUCCAAAAUGCUCCAGUCAGCUAACUGCUGGAACAAAUGCAUUUAAUCAUUGUUCUAAAAUCAAACUGUUCCCAGUUGUAGGUGAUGUCACUUUAAUUCUUUAGUCCAUUUUCAUCAUAUGUUACUGUAAAAUGGUUGUUGCUACCCUUGGAUAUUGAGCUAGUAUCCGAAGUAUUUGUUCUGUACUCUGUGUCUCUGUUUGCAUUCUUUUGAAGGAAAAUAUUUAAGCAGCCCUACCUACUGGUUCCUCUGUCUUUCUUAUCUUUUGAAACUUGAAUAAUCUGUACUUGUCAUUUGAGUAGGACACUACCUAUUUGACCGACGUCCACAAGUUCUGAAACAAUCAAAUUGAUUGAUUUGUUUUUUAAUUCCUAAACCAACUUAGCUGGAGUGCCUGAACCUGUAUUUGCUUGGACAUAAAUAUCAACAUGGUGAAUGGACGUUAAGACUGCUUAAUCACGUAUUGAAUUGGGGUCAAUACAUAUCGGAAAGGGAGGCAUUGGUAUCGGAUACUGUAUCCGACACGCACACGAGCAUCAGGCUAGGCAUCCAUGCUGCAGAGGUCACGAGAUGGCCCAUCCUGGAGGACCACUAACUACAAACAAGGCUGCCGCGUUAGCGAAGUUCCUCGAGAGAAAACUUCAGCAACCUGAUGGGUUGGAGUCUCUGAAUCCUGAUCUUAUAAAUUUGGCUGUGAAAAAUGCGAAGGAAACUAUUAAGGCUAGCAAGGGUGAGUCAUCAACUUCUGGGAGAGUAGUACGGCAUGUUCCAUCAUUUGAGGAUUCCUCCGAGGUUUCGAUCAAGAGGAGCGAGAGGAAGGCAAAGAAGAAAAAGAAGAACAAGAGAAAAACAAAGGCUGCGAAAGAGUCCAAGCUCAACAAAACAUCAAAGAAGAAAAAGUUAUCACUAUGAUUCUCGAAUCUUGCUGCAUUAGGGAGCUAAAAGCAGGCAGUUGUGGAUACCUUUUGCGUUUCUUAUAUCUCUUGAUUCCGCAGAACCUCCUUCGGUACUAUAAACUUAGCUGUGAUCCAUAUAUCCUGAAGGGGGCCCCUCACAGUGAACAAGAACGCUUGGGAGAUCCCCAGGGGCAAAACAGAAUUCAGUCGGUCUGGUCUAGCGGUCUGCUUUUGCCAUUAGAUUUACUCGCGAAAGUUCCAUGUAUUCUACACUUUAUUGCUGUUGCCAAAUGCUAUAUAUAUACACUGAAGCGCAAUGAUGCAGAGAUGUUCAACUUGAUCACGUGGUGCCUAAACCUAGAUUGCUUGGAAAUAUUGGUUUUAAACAUUGCUUGACUUCUUGA